AUGUUCGAACCUACUUCCUCGCUGAGCCUACAUCGCUUGAGUAGGCAUAGCCUCCAAGAUCGAUACGAGUCAGACGAGGAGGCUGUGUCUGAAUCUGAUACAGGCGCCCAAGAUCUACUUUCCUCGCCCGUGGGCUCGCAGACCGAAAUCUUUGAUUCAGAUCUCAGUGCCGACGAGAAUUCUCACACAGACCCUGAUUCUGACCGGGAUGAGGAUAUUCUGGCUCCUCCGACAGUCAAACGCGCCAGGCCCGUCUCUUCUGCUACCAUCAAGAGAAAUAGCAAUGCCACCUUUGACGAAGAUACCUACGUGUUUGAUCCUGAGGAGCAGAUGGUUCUCGAACUGCCACCGUCAGAUUCUUCGCCACAACUGGCAUCCAGCACCUUUUUACAGCCCUCGAUAUACGUCUGGCCAAAACCACCGCAGCCGGCCACCUCAAGGUCUCGCUCUACUUCACCCUCAUCGGUCUUUUCGGUAGAGGAGGCAGACAUCCAGGUUGCAAAGGAGGUGACCUUCAUGGAGCCCCGAACUCGUCCUACGGUGGUCUUGAUCAACGCUCUGGAGUCACGGUCAAAGGCCUCAAAAUCUCGUCCCAGCCAUUCCCACUCCCGGGAAAGUAGCCGCACCCGCUCUGUGCUUAUCAGGGCUGACAGUCGCCGACUUACACUGCCACGCUCGUCAGACUCAGCAACCAAAUCACCGCGAGUAUCUGAGAAAAGGGCCAGCAUUAAGCAGGUGCCCAAGACAGCUCCAACUCCAACCCCAGCCCAAGCUCUAGAAGAAGAUACACAGUUCGCACCCAGUGCAACCAUCAACCGAGUCUCCGAAAUCCCCCAAGUCCUCUAUUUCCCAGCGCCACCACGCACAGUCCCAACACAAGAGUACCGACGACCCCGAACCUCAGGCCCAGACAAAGCAAUGCCACCACCACUAAACCUGCGUACCCGCCGACCCCCCUCAAUACGCAGCACGAGCAGCAACAGCGUCUCCACCUACACCUCCCGCCCUUCAACACCCUUCUCAGCCGACGACGGCAAAACAAUGGACAGCGACGCGCCCUCCCAACUCACCAGAGUCUGCAGCCCGGCCUCAAUCUCAUCAUCACCGCCAUAUAUCUCCUCGAAGCGCAGCGGCUCAACAUACAGUGUAUCGAAUAUGAUCACAAGCCGCUCGCCACUUAUGAUGCGUCGCAUGACGAGAAAACACUCUGCCUCCAGCAUCACUUCGCUGAGUAGUCUGCGCUCCGAAAUCGGCGUUAAUGGUGCCUCUUCGCAGAUCUCGGUGGCUACGCAGCCUACCCCGCUUCCCAGUGCUGACUCCCAUGUUGUGCGCAAGUCCAGCCAGCGUCGCCAUACACGGCAUAAUAGCGUUCUGCCUGGGAGGGGCUUUAUGGGAUUGAAACUGGGGAAGAAGUCGCAUACUAAGGUUUAG